ACUCCCCUCACGGAUCGUUGCUACAUCACUCUUACCCAAGCCCAGCGACUCGUGCUAGGUGGUGCACCCGCUGGCCCUGCUGGUACAGGCAAGACAGAGACCACCAAAGACCUUGCGCGUGCCUUAGGUGUGCAAUGUUAUGUUUUCAAUUGCUCUGAUCAGAUGGACUUCCGAGCCAUGGGUCAGAUAUUCAAGGGGUUGGCGCAAACAGGAUCUUGGGCUUGUCUUGAUGAGUUCAAU